ACCUGCUGCCUCAGAGCCAGGCCUGUUCUUGGGGGAGGGGCGUUUGCCGGUCGCCAGGCGACCAGGUUCCGGCCCCUGGCACUAGCGGCGGCCAUGCUGCACGUGCUGGCCUCGCUGCCCUUGCUGCUCCUGCUGGCGAUGCCUGCUCCAACCCACGCCUGGUCGCGACCCCUCUGGUACCAGGUGGGGCUGGACUUGCAGCCCUGGGGGUGUCAGCCAAAGAGCGUGGAGGGCUGUAGGGGUGGCCUGAGCUGUCCUGGUUACUGGCUGGGCCCUGGAGCAAGCCGCAUCUACCCUGUGGCUGGGGUCAUGAUCACCACCACCAUGCUGAUGAUCUGCCGCAAGAUACUGCAGGGGCGGCGGUGCUCACAGGCCACCAAGGGUGAGCAUCCGCAGGUGACCACUGAGCCCUGCGGACCCUGGAAACGGCGGGCCCCAAUCUCAGAUCACACCCUGCUCCGUGGGGUCCUGCACAUGCUGGAUGCCCUCCUGGUCCACAUCGAAGGCCACCUACAUCAUCUAGCCACCCAGCAGCAAAUCCAAAUAAAGGGGACUUCCGCCCAGAGUGGGUGACC